UUUUUGUGUUGCACGUCCUCAGCGUCCUCCCCUCAGUUUAGCUAUUUGGUUUUUUACUCGAGCUACAAGCUACAAUCCCAGCCGUGCUCUAACCUCACAUGAGCCGCAGAGGGGUGAAAUCACCUAGCAACCCUAAAAAAAAGAGCUGGGAGCUAGCAGUGUGUAGUAGUUGUUACCUCCCCUUGUGUGUGUGUGUAUGUGUGUGUGUGUUUUCUGAAAAUACUAGAUUUGAAGAUGGCGACCAGCUCGGAGCGCAGUCCUCCUCCGUUCCCCGACUCCUUGGAGGACCAAGAUGUGCUUGACUCCGAAGACGUCGAAGAAGGAGGAAGAGGAGGUAGUGAUGAAGACGAAGGCGACGACCUCUUCAUCUCCACGACCGAAGCUCCACUGACCGAAAUGGAUCCCACACCACUUUCUGCUACUCUGCUCAGUGAUGAUUUAAUGGAUCCUCCCAGUGAUAUUAUGAAUGAUCCAUUAUGCGAACCCGUCAGCAUCCAAACAGAAACCAAACCAGCCAGUGAAGUUGUCAGCGAGCCCUCGGAUGAUUUUGUCGACCUAACAAACAACCUGAUGACUCCUGAUGACAAGAUUGUAGAUGUAGGUGCUGCCGAAGAUGCAGCAAAAGACACAACUGAAAUCCCUCUAGAUGAACCCUCAGACGAUUUUGUUGACCUAUUGGGAAGUGAAACUGAAGCACCACAAGAGGAAGUAGUGUUUGCAGAUGUUUCUGUUGGAGUAGCAACAGAUAAAAGUGAAGUGACGAGCAGUGACACAGAUCCACCUGGUGAGGCUCAACAGGAAGUAAAAGAAACUUUCACUGCACCGAUUAUCGACAUCAGCAGCGAUCUGUCAUCAAUUAAUUCACAACCACCACCUGCCAGUGACAAAAUUCUUGACCCUUUGGCGGACCUUCUUAGUAAUCCUGCACCCGUUGAGGCCAAAAAACCGAGCCCCAUGCCAGACCUGUUUGAAGACGACGGCAGCGACUUGUUUGCAGAACCGUUGCAGGCUACUACCGCCAAGCAGCCACAGAAAAGCCUGUUUGGAGAACCUGACGAGGAUCUGUUCAGCGAGCCGCUGGGCGCCACAGCAAAGAAAUCUUCCACCAAGGAGCAGAAGGACAAAUCCGUCACAACCAAGGCUGCUGUUGCUGCUGCUUCUAGUGUCAGCAACAUAAGUGGACCUCUGCAUGAGAGUAAUCAGGGAGAGCCUGCUGAUAUCUUCUCUGAGGAAGCCAUCGCCACAGAGCCCAGCGUCAGCACCACAAGCAGCGUCAACUCCAAGACUAAUGGAGUCCACUCUGAAGAAGACACAGAUAUAUUUGCAGAAGCCACAGUGGAGCUUUCUCUCGACAGUCCGCGGAAUGAGAGAAAGACGGAUGUGACUGCCAAACCGUCUGCAUCCGCCCCCUCUCUGUCAGCAGCUGCCAGCCUGGUCAAGCCUCAGGCUGCUGCCCUGGAGGAGCUGGAAGAAGAGGAAGAAGAAGAGGAGGAAGACAAAUUUGAAAUCUCUGUGUCUGUCACUAACCCUGAAAAAAUAGGGGACGGGAUGAACGCCUACAUGGCCUACAAAGUAGCCACACAGACCACACUGUCCAUGUUUCGCAACAAGACCUUUACAGUCAGGCGACGCUUCAGUGACUUCCUCGGCCUUUACGAGAAACUGUCUGAAAAACAUGGACCAAAUGGAUUCAUCGUGCCUCCGCCGCCAGAGAAGAGCAUUCUGGGUAUGACAAAAGUGAAGGUGGGAAAGGAAGACUCCUCAUCUACAGACUUUGUUGAGCGGAGGAGAGGUGCUUUGGAGAGGUAUCUCCAGAGGGUGGUGAAUCACCCAUCACUUCUCCAAGAUCCUGAUGUCAGAGAGUUCCUGGAGAGAGAUGAAUUGCCCAGAGCAGUCAGCACUCAGGCUCUGAGCGGUGCCGGCUUCCUGAAAAUGAUCAACAAAGCAACAGAUGCAGUCAGUAAAAUGACCAUCAAGAUGAAUGAAUCAGACGUGUGGUUUGAGGAGAAGCUGCAGGAGGUAGAGUCUGCAGACCAGCAGUUCAGGAAGCUCCACGCAUUGGUUGAGUCUCUGGUCGUCCACAGAAAAGAGCUGUCGUUGAACACGGCGAGCUUUGCCAAAAGCACGGCCAUGCUAGGCAGCGCGGAGGACAACACCGCUUUGUCCCGCGCCCUCUCCCAGCUGGCAGAGGUGGAGGACAAGAUGGAGCAGCUACACCAGGACCAGGCAGCAAACGACACCUUCCGCUUCGCCGAACUCAUUGCUGAUUUUAUCCGCCUGCUUGGUGCCGUGAGGGGCUCGUUUGAUCACCGGAUGAAGGCGUGGCAGCGUUGGCAGGAUGCGCAGGCCACUCUGCAGAAGAAGAGAGAGGUCGAGGCCAAACUGCUUUGGGCCAACAAGCCAGACAAACUGCAGCUGGCCAAGGAGGAGAUCGCCGAGUGGGAGGCCAAGGUGACGCAGUACGAGAGAGAAUUUGAAAGAGUCUCUGCCACCGUGCGCAAGGAAGUCGUCCGCUUUGAGAAAGAAAAAGCUAAGAAUUUCAAAAGACAGAUAAUUCAGUACUUGGAGUCUCAGCUUCAGUCGCAGCAACAGCUGAUAAAAUAUUGGGAGGCUUUCUUACCAGAAGCAAAAGCAAUCGCCUAAUCCUCGAGCACCAGCCUUCUGGACGACAAAACAGGCUGCCUUUUUCUUAUACACUUUACCUCUUGCCUUUAAACCAAGGAAAAAUGCGUGCAUUGUAAAGGGAGAUACAAUCAACCUGUUUUUUUAAUCACCUUUAACAUAUAGCUCUGUAUUCUAUUGUAUUAAUAAUUGUAUAUUUUCAUUUAACCUUCCACAAAUAUUUUCUUAUUAGAUGAAAAGAGUUUGCAUAUACAAAGAUAUGGACACACGAAGAAAAGAGAAAAAAAGCGCAAAGUGUAGACGAAUGAUUUCCAUUAAUUUCCACAAGAGAAGGGAAAGGAAACGAGUCCGUCGCUCUCAGGAUUUUCUCCGACAUGUGAUCAGGAGCUCCUUCACAUCAGCAGUGGUUAAUUGUUUACAGUGCGGCUGCUCUCUCAUCAAAUAUUUCUGGGGACCCAGAUGAAGAAAGUGGCCAACACUCUCACUCUGUUUCUUCUUUUUAAUGACUCAAAGGGAUAAAACAGUUAAAGUAAGAAUUAUGAGCACUUCCACUUGGUGGAUUAAGUACUUAAGUACCAGCCAUGUUUUGUUUUUUGUUUUUUUUUCUUUCAGAUUUAAAAUACUAUUGAUGCUGACGGGGGUGGGGGGGUUGCAGGGUAAAGAGAGGCAUUAGAUUAGCGGUCUACAGCUGUGGUCAAGGGUUGCAUUGUAGGUCAAGCUUAAUGUGGGUUUAAUGUUUUAGAUUUGAUUUCAAUCAUAGUGCAAACUUUACUCUUGUAACUACACUUGUCUGUGCCUUUUUAAAUCCGAGUGGUGUUUUCGUCUUCGGACAGCAAAUAUAAUCCAGUUUUUGGGAGAAGGUUGAACACAGCUGAGGAUUGCUAACAGUCACUUCCACAACAGCCAUAAUGACAAGAUUGUCAGGCUUGAGUUUAAAAACCAUGCAGGUGUUUUCACAAAAUUUUGCCUAUUUACUAUAAUUGUUUUUGUAUUCUUUUCAAGGCUUUUUAAAUGUGCUUAUCUUGCGGGCUGCCUCGGCUUCCACACACUUGAAACUUGCUUGAGAUGUGCACCCUUCACUGUUAAUGUCAUGAGAUUGUUUGAGUUAAUCAGUGACUAAAAUACAGUAAAUCCUGACAUGUCCACUACAUAAAUGUUGCUAUCUCAAGCAAACUGCAAGUAUUGUGGUGUACUGAAGUGAAAUUGAUGAAAACCAUUUCCUUGACAGGUUGACAGUAAUUGCAAAUAAUAAUUAAUCAUGAUAAAAUGUCAGAAAAUAAUGAAGAUUGCCCGUCUUAAUUUUCCACAGUGGUAUCAUAUUGCAGGUUUUGUCGAACUUAAAGAUAUUACAUUUAAAAUCAUGUAAAACAUUGAAAUGCGGUCCUCAUAUUUGAGGAGCUGGAAACAUUUUUGAUUCAUGAAUAACUUAAAUGAAUAAUAAUCUGUUGACUGAAUAAUCAUUUCAGCACUAAAUGAGACUGUGUGAUUUCUAGUAAAUGGGCAACAACAUGUUAAAACACUGGAAUGGUCCUUUUAAAAAUGGAGUCCAGGAAGCACCAGGACUGGACUGAUGCUGACUCGUAGAGAUGAGAUUAAUGUCAAAUACUAAACUGAUGUCAUACUGAACCUAAAUGCUUCCCUGCUGCCUCAGUCCGCAGUUUGACGAUCAAACAGUAACACGUGGCAGAGCUGCCGUCUUUUGAUUAUAGCUUUAAUUUCACGUUUGCACACCGUGCAGCGAUUACGCUACACUGUAUCAUGUGUCAGUAAGGCAUCAUGUAACUUGCAGACAUUUCUUUGCACAAGUUUUUUUUUCUUUUUCUUUUGACAUAUACAUGCUUGUUUUCAUCUGAGAUUUCGAGGAAUGCUGUCAGACAGCACUGAAUGAAAACUGUGGAUGUUCAGCUUCAUACUGCGUAUCAUCACUCGUCAACGUGCAGAGCAAUGUCAGCAACGUGCACUGUGUCAUAGAAAUUUCUUUUAAAACAAAUCAAUUAAAGUUGCACUGUUUACACUUGGA